GACACGAAAGAAACGAAAAAAGAAAAAAAAAAAAACAUCUAAGACAUACAGGAGGAGCUUAUUUUGUGAGAUUUUUCUUUUGAUUUCUUGAGUUUUUCCUGUUAAAAUGGAAUUCGCUACUGCUUUUGGAGGAGCACUCCUCUCGGCUUCCGUUCAACCAUUGAUUGAAAGGUUGACCUCUCAUCAACUGAACAUCUUUGCUCGACGGGAGAAAAUCCAUGCCGACCUCAAGGACUGGGAGACGAUGCUGGCAGAAAUCAACACUCUGCUCGAUGAUGCUGAGGACACGCAAAUGACAAAUUCUGCAGUGAAAAAAUGGCUUGAUGAGUUUCGAGACCUGACCUAUGACAUAGAAGAUUUAUUGGAUGAGUUCAACACUGAAGCUUUGAAACGCAAGGUGAUGGAUGAUUCUCAGGCAAGCACAAACAAGCUACGAAAGUUCAUCCCCACUCGUUUCACAUCUUUUGCGUUCAAUAACAAGAUGGCAUCCAGGAUAAAAGACAUUACUAAUAGAUUACAACAUAUUAAUGUGUGGCAAGCGCAGACUCUCAAUUUGAGAAGGAUUGCUAAUGGGGCGAGAUCCAACCAGAUGAAGGAAAGGCCACCAACAACUUCUUUGGUAGAUGAAUCGCAUAUUUACGGCAGGAAUGAUGACAAGGAAGCUAUUGUUAAGAUGUUGUUGAGGAAUGAAGAAGGUGGUAACAAUUCCAUUUCUGUGAUCCCUAUAUUGGGAAUGGGAGGAAUUGGUAAGACUACCUUAGCACAGCUAGUCUACAACGAUUCUACAAUAAAUGACUAUUUUGACAUCAAGGUAUGGGUAUGUAUUUCUGAAAAUUUUGAUGUUACGAUCUUAACGAGAAAAAUUCUGCGGUAUAUUGCUCCAGAGAUCCACGAUUUGAAGGAUCUAGAUUUGAAUUCACUUCAAGAAACAUUGAAAGAGAGAUUGUCUCAAAAGAAAUUUCUUCUCAUCCUAGAUGAUGUUUGGGAAGAGGAUCACAAUCAAUGGGAUCUACUACGUAGACCUUUUGUUUCCGCACUAUUCAGUAGCAAAAUAAUUGUCACCACUCGUAAGAAUAAUGCUGCACCGAUCACAGGUGAUGUUUAUGCCUAUUGUGUGAAGGAGUUGUCGGAUGAUGAGUGCUUGUUCUUACUGGCUCGCCAUGCUUUGGCGGGACAAAGCUUCGAAGCACUCUUAGAUCUAAAGGAUAUUGGCUACGAGUUGGUGAAAAGGUGUAAUGGGCUUCCAUUGGCUGCAAAAGUAUUAGGAGGUCUCUUGCGUAAUAAACGAAGUCGUGGAGAAUGGGAACGUGUAUUGAGAAACAAAUUGUGGAACUCAUCAGAAACGAGCAACAGUGUCCGUCCGACUCUAAAACUGAGCUACAAUGAUCUCUCUUCCCAUUUAAAACGAUGCUUUGUUUAUUGUGCAAUAUUCCCCAAGGAUUAUGAAUUUGACAGAGAUGAGUUGAUUUCACUAUGGAUGGCAGAAGGCUUCUUGCACCAUCCCCAGGGAGGGAAGCUAAUGGAGGACUUGGGAAUUCAAUACUUUGACGAUUUGGUAUCAAGGUCAUUCUUUCAAUCGUCGAGCUAUAAUCAAGUAAGUCGAUUCUUUCAAGCAGGAUCAUCUUUUCAGUUAUCAAGGAGUACGACGCCAAGAUUUGUGAUGCAUGAUCUUGUAUGUGAUCUUGCUCAAACCAUUGCAACAGAAAUUUGCUAUAAUUAUGAGACUAAGUUCGAGGAUGAUGUGUCAAGUUUGAAAUAUCAAAAUGUCCGUCAUGCAUCUUUUACUUGUCUCAGAGAUAAUGAGUAUGAAAUCUUUACUCGAAUGAAGAGGUUGAGAACAAUGGUGGAUUUUCCAAUUGGGCGAAGCAGUGGUUAUUUUCUCGACUGGUGGGGAGUCUAUGGAUACAAGAUGAUGUACAAGUUAUUACCAGAAAAAAAAUGCUUAAGGGUGCUAUCUCUUACUAAUUCCUCGAUAAGAAAGCUGCCGGAUUCAAUUGGAGAUUUGAUACACCUACGAUACAUGAACUUAUCUUAUACAUAUAUUCGACAGCUUCCAGAAUCAGUGAGCACUCUCUUUAAUUUGCAAACUUUGCUAUUGUGUUGUUGUCCGAUACUCGAGAAGUUACCGGAUAAAAUUAGAAAUCUGGUGAACUUGCAGCAUCUUGAUAUUUCUAAGACACCUGGGUUACAAAAAUUGCCAUCCAGAAUAGGUAUGUUGACAAAUCUUCAGACUUUAUCCAAGUUUAUUGUGAAAGAAGGCGACGGAACCACAAUCGCUGAACUCAAGAACUUGAACAAUCUUCGCGGCAGUUUAUUCAUUCUUGGGCUUCAAAAUGUACAAGAUGCAAAGUUAGCGAACUUAAAGGGGAAGCAAGGGCUUGAAGAAUUGGUAUUAGAAUGGGAUGAAUUUGGAAGGAAUGACAUGUCGGUACUCGAAUCACUUGAACCUCAUCAAAACUUGAAGAGCCUUACCAUUUCAUCCUACGGCGGUGCAGAAUUCUCAUCUUUCAUUCCUUUGUUUUCUAAAUUGGUUUCCUUGCAUCUGAAGCAUUGUGGCGAAAUCACUCUCUUACCACCACUUGGGCAACUUUGCUUACUCAAAGAGCUAAGCAUAUAUGGGUUGGGUGCAGUGAAAACAAUAGGUGGUGAGUUUUAUGGGAAUGGCGUAGUGCCAUUUCCAUCAUUAGAGAGGUUGGAUAUCGGUAAUAUGUUAGGGUGGAUUGAAUGGUCUCAUGGGAAUAUGGGUGGGGAAUCCUUCCCUAAUCUUCAUAAGCUUAGGCUAUAUAAUUGUCCUAAAUUGAUGGGGAGUUUGCCAAGUGGGUUGUCCAGACUUAGACAUCUCUCUGAAGUGGAAGUCAUCGGAUGUCGGAAUUUGGUAUCUUUUCCUCCAAUGGGUUUGCCAUGUUGUCUGAAACACAUUCGUGUUAACUGUUGUGACGCUCUGCAAUGUUUCCCAGUAAUUUACUCCGGCGAUGGCGAGCAGAGUCUUCUUGAAUACUUACAGAUUCUUGAAUGCGCUUCCCUCGAGUACUUUGACAGAAACUUCAAGUUGCCUACCUCGUUAAGGAAAUUGACAAUCCAAGAUUGCGGAAAUCUAUUGUCUUUACCUGAUGGACUGAUGAUGGAAAAUGACAAUGAGAACCAGCCUCAGUCUCAUCUGGAGCAUUUGAAGAUCAAGAGAUGUGAGCGGCUUGCCUCCCUUCCGACCGGAAAAUUUCCUGCUGCUCUUAAAACUCUUGAAAUUUGCAAUUGGCCUAAUGUGGUGUCUUUGAUUGAAGAAGAUGGUGGUUUGCCUCAAAACCUUACUGAACUCAGAAUCGAGUGCUGUGGGAAUCUGAAACAGCCAAUAGCAGAGUGGGGAUUGGGGAUGCUAUCCUCUCUUAAAAUACUUUCAGUUAGAGGUAAAUGUCCUGCUACUGCAGAUGUGGUGUCUUUUCCAGACGAUAAUUGUCGUUGGCUUCCCACCUCUUUGAAAGAUCUCGAUAUAGGAGAUUUCGUGAGUCUGGAAUCUGUGUCAAUGAGACUCCAAAUGCUCACUUCUCUUGAAUUUUUAUCUAUCGAACACUGCCCUGAACUCCGAUCCCUGCCAAAGGACGCCCUGCCUCUCUCUCUUGAAAUGAGUAUCUCCGGUUGUCCGCUCCUUGAUUAGAAAACUGCUCGGGGAGGGAAGAAAAUGGGAUCAUCCGUCAGAGUUGGGUGUUUUGUUGCUGAAAAGUUACUUCGUCAGAAAGUCCAUUAGAACAGAUAUCAGGCUAUCAGCCAAAGGAAAUUUCUUUUUUUUUUUGGGUAUGUUGUUCUUGUUCUUACACCUUAUAUUGUUAUUGAACUUCCCAUCGAUGAUCUCUAAGGGGACUGAGUGAGUACUCAACAAAUUUGGUGAAGUCCAUGGUGCAAGACUCGACCCAAGAACCAAAUCCAACGGGCCAUGACUCUUGAAGUCUACCCCGCUUCUGAUUUGUGGUCAUAUACAAUUAUACAUAAUGGGUCUGCGUGAGAGGUGACCCUUUUGGAGAUUGUGAGAAGACAUUUACUUUUGUGUUACUGCUUUGUUCUGUACUGUGGCUGAGAGUGAAUCGCAGCUUUGCUUGUAGGUAACAGUGAUUCUCAUUUCUGGGAAUGAUUCUCUGUUGUUCUUAUUGUUGUAGUCUGUCGUCGUUGUGGUGUUGGCUCUUUUGAGACUUGUCAAUAUCAGUACCUGGUUGUAUCGUGGUUGCACUCUUAAGUGUUUGUCGAAAUUCCUCACCAAUCCAUCUAUAGUUUAUUACUCAUACUACAUACUACUAUGCUGUACCACUUGUACUGUUUUAAAGUUGAGGCUUGAAUCAGUACAUUGCAUAUGCAUUAUCGCUACUUUUGUAGUAUUCAAACCGUG